AUGAAGAAUUUAAUUCUCAUCUGCUUAAUAGCUAUGGUCUUAACAUAGCAAGUACAACAUAAAAAUCAGUGCAGUGAUUGUGGACAAUUAAAAUCACAAAAUGAUUGUGAAUAAGAAAUUACUGUUACUGGAGCUUGUGAAUGGGUAGCUGCAGCAGGAACAACAGCAGCAAAAUGUUAGAAAAAGACAACAGUGGAUCCUGUAGCUUCAUUCAAACCUUAUUGUGAGCUUGUUGAUAAGCCAGAAACAAAUUGUGCUAAGACAUUAGGAUGUGCCUAUAUCGAUUCAAAAUGUACACAUUUUGCAGGAUGUCCAGCAUAUGUUAAAACUACAACAACAGAUUGUUAGGCAAUAUCCUUUUUUUGCGUUAGCGAUGGAAAUGCAUGUAUUGAAGCAAAAGAAUGUAAAGAAUACAAUUAACAACAAUGCGAAUCAACUCCAAGUAUCUCAGGUAUUCUCAAAUGUAAAUGGGAUACAAACUCUGGAGCAUGUAGAGAUUACUCUUGUUCAGAAGCAGAUACUAGUUUAAAUACUGAUGAAAAAUGUUCAGCUUGGUUGGCUGGUUGUGUGACAAAAGGUUAAGGUUGUGUUAAUUCUCCAAGACCUGCUUGUGCUACUUAUACAGGAGAUGAUGCUGCUUGUUAAUCAUUUAUUGGAUCAGAUGGAAAUUGUGAAUUAGCAGCUGGUACCACAAAUUGUAAAGCUAAGGAAUGUGCAAAUGCUCCAUUAUCUUUAGCUACUGAUGAUGAUUGCAAAGCAUAUCAAAAGGGAUGUAUCACAACAGGAAAAGGUUGUGUUUUAGCAACAACAAAGCCUUUAUGUUCUACAUAUUCAGGAGAUAACACAACUUGCGUAGGAUAUAUUGGAUCAGAUGGUAUCUGUGAAGGAGAUGCUGGUGGUUCAAAGUGCAGGGCAAGAAAGUGUGAAAACGGUACUUUCAAUACUGAUGAACUUUGCAAAUAAUACCAAGUUAGUUGUAGAACAAAUGGCAAGACUUGUGUUUCAGCAUUAACAGCUUGUAACACAUAUAAAGGUACUGCCACAACUUGUGCUGUAUAUAUUGGUACUGAUGGAUAUUGCAAAGGAACCAGUACAACAACUGAAGCUUCUUGCUUACCAAAAGUUUGUGAUGAAGCUCCAGAUACAACAACAACUGAUGAGGCUUGUAAUAAAUAUUAAGUUGGAUGUGUUACUACAGGGAAAGGUUGUGUUACAAAAGCUAAUUUGAAAUCUUGUACUACUUAUGAUGGUGAUGCUACUAGUUGUUAAUCAAGAGUUGGAUCUGAAGGAAAAUGUAUGUGGAAGAGUGGAACCAAAUGUGUAGCUAGAGAUUGUACAAGUGCAGCAACUAAUUUAAAUACUAAUCCUCUAUGUGCUAAUUAUUUCACUAAUUGUGUUACUACUGGAUCAGGAUGUGUUUCAUAAACUACUUGUGAUUUAACAGUCAAAUAAUAAAGUUGUGAAGGUACAACCAAUUGUUCAUGGUAACCAAUUUGUACAAGUAAUGCCUAAUGCAGUGAAUUUAAGAAAAAAUCAAUUUGUUUAGCCAAUUCUGCUAGAGUCAGAACUUUUGAUAAAAAUGAUGAUAAUGGAAAUCCAUUAUACAUAUAUGUAACAAAAAAGUGUGGUUGGUUUAAUAAUGCUUGUAAGGAACUUGCUUGCUCAGAUUUAACAGGUGCUUAUUACAAUACAGAUGCUAAUUGUGCAGCAGAAUUAUCAACAUGUAUUAGUAAUAGAGUUGAUGCAUGCAUAACUAAAUUUGAUUGUAGCAAACUCUUUGGAACAUAAUCCACUUGUUUAAGUUAUCCAGGUUAUUGUACAAAUACAUCAACAGCUACUGAUACUACAGCAUGUGUAUAAAGAAAGUGCACAGAUAAUACAGAUGCUACUGAUAAUGCCACAUGUGCAACAUUCUUACCUGGAUGCAUUAGUAAUGGAAAAGGUUGUGUUGAUUACACUACUACUUGCUAAUAAAUGAAAGGAACAUAAGAAACAUGUAAUAAGCUAUUUGCUUAUAAAUCUGGAUCUAGUGAUAAUUUUACAACAAAUCAAUGUUAUAACAGUGCAUCAGCGACUGAAAAUGAUUCUUGUCAAAUUAAAACAUGUAAAUUGGCUACAAACUAAACAGAUGGUACAUGCGGAUCAUUUUUAGAAGGUUGUGUUUAUAAUGGAAAUGGAGGAUGUGUUGAUCCAAAAGCUGGUGACACAACUUGUGCAAGUUAUACAGGUGUUUUAGCUUUUUGUGAAGCUGCUGUUGUUGGAAGUAAUAGUACUAAAUAUUGUUUUGGAACAUCUACUUCAGCUGCAUGCAGUGUGAGAUAAUGUACAGAUAAUACUACAGCCACAAAGGAUGAUGAGUGUGAAACCUUCAUGUCAGGAUGUAUUGCUAAAUCUGAAGGAGGUUGUGUUGCUAGAUCAGCAAGAACUUGUGCUUAAUAAUCAGGAACAGUUGCAUCAUGUCCUAAUUUAAGUGGAGGUUUGUAAGUUUCUUCAGUUUGGACCAAGACAUCAUGCACUAAAUAUGAUGCAUGUUAAACGAGAUAAUGUGCAGAUAAAACAAGUCCUUAAUCAGCUUAGGAUUGUACAGAUCACAAAUCAACUUGUAGAUUCUUGAAGGCUGGAUCACCAUGCUUUGAUGCAGCAGCUUGUAGUGUUUAUAGUUUACCUGAUACAGCAACGACAGAUUAAUAAAAGUUUGAAUAUUGUUCAAAUAUUAAAGAUAACACCGGAUUGUUAUGUGGUUUUACAAAAGGAGCAACUAAGUGUUCAUCUAGAACUUGUGAACAAUUCUUGAGUGAAUACACUACAUCAUCAUGUAUUACUUAUUUAUAAAAGAAUGUAUCAACAACAACAGAUGAUGUCUGUAAAUUAGCUGGCACAUAUUGUUAUCAAUAAGAUAAAACUGAUUGUAAGUAUCCUUUCCCUUCUGGCAUUAGUUUGACAGAUGCUCAAAAAUUAGCAUAUUGCUAGAAAUUUUAAAAUGUUUCUGGUGUAUUUUGUUCAUUUAAAACUGGUGAUGCUACUUGUACUUCAUAAGACAGUUGUGAAAAAAUUGUUGCUCAAACAUCUGCUUAAGCUUGUAACGAUAUUCUAGGUUUCGGUAAAGGAAUUUGCUAAAAAGUGACCAAUACAUCCUGUAUAUCUACAGUUGCUUUAUGUUCAAACUAUAAUCUAGAUCCAACUCUCACUAAUGCAAAUAAAAAGACUGUUUGCGAAUCUCUACAAUUGGUUGAUACUGUUAGUAAUUUUGGCACUGGAACUGCGGGAUAUAGAUCAUGUACAUGGGUAUCUGGUAAUACAUGCGCAGCAUAUACUUGCAGUUAAAUAGUUGCUACUAGUUAAGAGGAUUGUGACAACAAAUAAGGAGGAUGUUUUUAUUACUCUGACACAUGUUAACCAGCAGCUGGUGCUUGCCCUGCAUCAUUCCCAUCUAAUUUAAAUUUAGAUACAGAUACUAAGAAGGCAAUUUAUUGUAAAUCACUGUAUGUAAAUGGAUAGGCGUUUUGUGAGAUAAAACCUGAUGGUACAGGUUGUCAAUCUGGAUCUAAUACUAAUUGUAUUUUAACUCUAUCUAGUGCUUGGACUAAAGCUACUUUUGAUGGAGUUGCAGCAACAACUGAUGCUUUCUGUAUAACUUAAUCAACAAAGCUUAAAGACAUUUUCUGUAUCAAAGAUGGUGCUGACGCAACUAAAUGUAAAGCAGGAACUUGUGAAGACAUCCCAUCUCCAAAUAAACAAGGAGAUUGUGAUAUACAUAUAAUUGGAUGUGUAUUUUCAGCAACAAAAUGUAGAACACCUAGACUUGCUGCAUUAGCAAAUGCAGGAGAUUGUGCAGAUCCAUCAAUAGUUCCAUUUUCAGAUGUUGCUAGUCUUGCUCCAAAUCUCAAAACAUAAUAUUGUUAAAUAUUUUCAAAAGAUGGAUCAAGUCAUUAUUGUACUUACGAUGAGUAUAAUGAUACAACAUAAACAGCUUGUACUGAAGCAGGUGAUUGUGAUUCAUACACAUUACCAUAGAGCGAUGCAGAAAAAAGAACAUAUUGUUUGAGCAAAAGAAAUGCUUCAGGUGGAAAAUGCGGAUUUACAUCUGGAGACACUAAAUGUAGAAAUUAUGAUUGCUAAGAUAUUUAAAGUCCAACAUCAUAAGUUGAUUGUGAUAUUUUAUCAAAUCGAUUAAGAUGCGUUUAUUUUAGAGGAACUUGCGUCAAAGAUGAUGCAAAUUGUGUAAAUAUUCCUGCUUCUGGAUCUACAUCAAGCGAUAAGAAAUUCUACUGCGAAAACAUCACACUAGUAAAUAAAACUAAAUGUACUUAUGCUAUUGGUGCUUAUUGUGCUAAAUUAGAUAGUUGUGAUACUUAUGAUGUGAAAGACGCCACUGACAAAGCUGCUAUUUGUACAACAUUAACAGAUGGAACGGAUAAGUGUACAUAUAUUACAGGUGAUAAUUGUGUCAAAUUGGAUACAUGUGCUAACUACGCACCCGCAUCUGGCUAAGAGGAAACUGAAUGUAAAGCAGUUAAAUCAACGGACGGUUAUCCAUGCAUAAUAGAUACUACUGCUUCUUAGAAAUGCAAAGCAUAAGUUUGUACUGAUAAUGAUGCCAGUGCUACAGAUUGUGCUAAUAAUGCUGAAGACUGUCUCUAUUAUUCUAAUAAAUGUAUUAAUAAGAGUGCUUGUGGCAGUUAUUCACCAUAAGGUGAUAAUGACACAGCCAAAUAAAUAUGGUGUGAAGGAGUUUAGAAUUUAUCAGGAGAUUUUUGUACUUGGGAUGCAGCAAAUUCAAAAUGCAAAGACAGAGCAUGUAGUGAUAAGUUAUUCUAUACAGAUUUCGAUUGUUCAAGUUAUCUUAAAUCUUGCAAGACAGACGGAACUAAAUGUGUUUCUAUAACUACUGCAUGUACUUCAUUUUAUGGUUCAACUGAAUUUUGCAAUUCUUUAUUAGAUACAACAGGAAAAGAUAAAUGCAGACCACUUGCAACUCCUACUACUACAUCCUCCGCAUGUACAAUUAAAACAUGUUAUGAUAAUGUUACAGCUACAUCAGAUUCUGAUUGUGAAACUUAUUUAAGUGGAUGUGUCACUCGUGGUAUAGGAUGUAUCCCAAAUACAGCAUAAUGCGAUUAAUAUAGAGGAACUAAAUAAUAAUGUGAAUUAUUCAAAAGAUACACUGGAGUAGAUACUAACAAUAAUCCAACUUAUGAAUAUUGUUCUGGUGAUGCUGGAAAUACUGCCACUAGUAAAUGUAAAGUAAGAACUUGUGCAGAUAACACUACAGCUAUUUCAGAUACUGAAUGUGCUAGUUUUUUGAAAGGUUGUAUUACCAAAGGUACUGGAUGUCUUGAUGCAACAUCAACAUGUGCUGCAUUUAAAGGAGAUUAAGCAACUUGUGCUAAAUUCUUUGGAUCUUCAGGUAAAGAUUAUUGCUGGAAUACUUCGACUGCAUUGGCUACAGCUAAUUGUGCAAAGAAGAAGUGCACUGAUAUUUCAGGUAAAAACAACAAAGAAUGUAAUGAUGGUAUGCCACCAUUUAAAACAACAGAUGAUCCUUUCUGUGUCUUCGAUGGAACUUCAUGCAUUGAUUAUGGAAAGAAUUGCAACACAUUCAAUGGAACUGAAGAGACAUGCCCAACAUUUUUGGCUAAAGAUGGCCCAUGCAAAGCUACUACAGUUGGAACUAUCAAAGGAGCAUGUACCUAGAGGAUAUGUACAGAAGCACCAAAUAAUCUUACAACUGAUGCUGAUUGCUAGAAAUAUCAUAAAGAUUGUUAUACAACUGGUUAUGGAUGCUCAAGUAUUAAGAAAUGUGAAAACUUAACAUCAUAAGCUUCAUGUAAAUUAAGAGAAGAAUGCACAUGGGCUAACUAAUGUUCAACUUCUAGUACAUCAUGUGCUACUUUUAAUAAUACUAAUUAUUCAUAAUGUACUAAUUCUAAAGUAAAUGGUAAGUUCUGUGCUUGGUAAGAAUCUAAUUCAACAUGUAGAGCUUAGGUCUGUGAAGAUUAAUCAGCGACAAUAGCUUCUCAUGCUUAAUGUUAAAGCUUUGCUGAUAAUUGUACUACAACUGGAGCUGGCUGUAUCACUAUUUCAGUAUGUUCCUCAUACAAGACUUAAUCUAUAUGUUUAGCUGCCGCAACAACUAAAGAUGGAGUAGGUAGAUGCGGUUGGGAUACUACUACAAAUAAAUGCAGAGCUAGAGUUUGCAGUGAUAAAAAUGGCUUAACUGAUGAUGAAUGUAAUACUUUUCUUUCAGGAUGUAAAACAAAUGGAUAAGGUUGUGUGGCUGGAGCUUCAUGUACUGAAUUCUCUAAUAAGCAAUUCUGUCUUCAAUCUAAAGCUGGACCAUGUCUUUGGGUUAAUGGAUAAUGUUAUGAUUAUGACAGAUGUGAAGAUGCAGUGAAAAAGACACAUUCUGAAUGUUAAGCAUUUUCACCAUUAUGUACAACUAAUGGAGAUACUUGCAUACCUAUAACAUCUUGUGCCAGUACUACAUUAAAGGCUUCUUGCGUUGUAGGAACUGAUGGAGCUUGUGGAUGGUUACCCACUGGAACAUGCUAAAAGUUCGGAUAAUGCACAGACGCAGUUGCUGCUACUAAUGAUGAAUGUGUCUCUUAUGGACCUAAUUGUAUGACUGAUGGAACAGCAUGUAUUGCAAAAUCAACUUGUGGUAGUUACAAGACAUAAACAGCAUGUAAUAACAAUGGAACAGAUGGUAUUUGUUAUUGGAAUGCCACAGCAAAUACUUGCAAAUUGAAGGAGUGUAGUGAUGAGCAAAAGGGUACAAAUGAUCAAUGCAAACUUAUUUCUGUCACUGGAGGAUCAUGCACAACCGAUGGAAGCAAAUGUAUUCCAUUAUCAACAUGCUCAAGCUAUGUUGAAGCUGGAUGCUUCAAUGGAACUGAUGGAGAAUGCAUAUUUGCAUUACCAGUUGGAGCUACUACAGGAACUAAGACAUGCAGAUUAAAAUAAUGUGAAGAUAUUACUGGUGGAACAUCAAAUGCUAACUGUAUGGGAGUAAUCACUGGAAAAUAAUGUGUAUCCAAUGGAACAAGUUGUAUAGCCAAAGCUGCUUGCUCAUCUUAUAAGAAUAUUACUUCUUGUAAUGGAGGUGGCUUUGAAAAUAAUAAAUCUACUGUUUGUGCAUUCACUCCAACUGGAACUGACAAGGUCAAUGGAACUUGCAAGACAUUUACCUCAUGUCCUGAUGCCAACAAAGAUAAACUUGCUUGCACAACUAAUCCAUAUUGCAAAUGGACUGAAAACUCAACAGGAACAUCUUGUGCUAAUCAUACAUGCGAUACUUUCGCCACAGGAACUGACUGCAGACCAAUUCCAAGCUUUGAUGGAACUUCAUCAACUGUUUGUGUUCUCUAAAGUGGAAAAUGUGCUGCUGCUGAUCCAGGAACCAUGACAGAUUCCAAGAUUUGCUACACUAAAUCUGCUUAUACUUAUAGUUGGAAUGCUGCUACCAAUAAAUGUGAAAGUUGUAUUUCAGGAUCUGUCAAUCCAAAUAAUUCAAAUGGAACAAAUAAUUAAACAGAUAAUGGAACAACAACUACCGACAGUGCCUUCAUCUUGUCAGCUAUUUCUUUCGGUAUUUUGGGAUUAAUGGCAUGA